AAAUAUUUAUUUCAUUUGUUUUGAUUUUUAGAAUGAAAUUUGUGAUCUGUGCAAGCAAAUGGUACAAGAAGCUAGAGAUCAAUUAUUAAGUAAUGAAACUCAAGAAGAAAUAAAAGAAGUGUUUGAAGGAAGUUGUGCAUUAAUACCAAUAAAAAUUAUAGCUGAUGAAUGUAAAAAGUUGGUUGAUGAAUUCAUUCCAGAACUUAUUGAAAUGCUUGCAUCCAGAAUGGAUCCUAAUAUGGUCUGCACUGUCGCUGGUUUGUGCAAUGGUGAAAUAUCAAAGGAACUAUCUAGUGCAGACAUAGUAUCAUUGUUCUACAAAAAUAAAUAUAAUUAUUGUAGCGAUUGCAAAAAAGUCUUUAAUGCUGUGAAAGAGAUUUUUACAAAGGUUCCUCAGGAUGAAAUGCAAGAUAUGCUUUUGAAAAUAUGUAAUCAGUUAUCAGAAUCAAAACAGUGUACAACUAUGGUCAAGUCUUUUCUACCAAUAGUAUAUGAUUUUGUAACAAGUAUGAAUGCAGCUGAUGUUUGCAGCAUGAUUGGUGAAUGUAGUGAAACUUCUGACAAAAUCACAAAAUACCAAGAUAACAUGACUUGUGAAUUCUGUGAAGCUAUGGUUCAACAUCUUAGAGACUUAAUUCUUACAAAUACAACAAAAGAAGAAUUUAAAACAGCAUUAUUAAAUUUAUGCUCCCUUUUUAAAAACUUUGCUUCUGAGUGUAAAGAAUUAGUGAAUGAUUAUUUUGAUAUGCUUUAUGAUCUACUGGAUCAAGUUUUGAACCCUCAAACAUUAUGUACAUAUUUGGGACUUUGUUCUUCAAGUAAAGUUGAAGCUAAAAUAAUAAUAACUCCUUUAAUUAAAAUGUGGAAUGGUAAACAUGGUGAAAGAGUACAACCUUCAACACAGUCUGGUCCCAUAACGUCUCUUCGUAAUUCAAUUCCUGCAGUGAAAAUCUUGCCUAACUAUAUUACUCAUGAAAAUAAAUACAAUAAAAAAGAAUCAAAUGAUAUUAAAUCAAUUAUAAAUCAGUUACCAAUAGAAAGGUUGGGACAUCCAAUUCUUUCUUUCAAGCAAGAUACAGACUGUGCCUUCUGUAAAGCUGUGAUGUUUUUUCUAAGUAAAGAUAUCAGUCAACGAAAUGAGAAAAUCAUUGAAGAUUCUUUGGAUAAAGUUUGUACAAAAUGGAUUCCGAGUUAUUCAAAAGAAUGUAAAUCAUUUGUGGAUAGUUACAGUAAGAAAGUUGUUGAAUUAUUACUACUUGGUGUGAAAUUUGAAGAAGUUUGUGAUCACUUGAAUACUUGCAAACCAGAAGAAAAAAUUCUGGCCACAAAAAUAUUGCCACCUUCAAAAUCUAAAAAUGAUUUUCGGUGUGAAAUUUGUGAAAAUGUAAUGACUUACUUAGAAGACAGAUUGAAAGAUAAAACAACAGAGGUGAGUAUUUAACAAUUACUUAAACAAAUUUG